GUGCGCGCCAGCUGACGAGGCUCGGCUGAGAGACGCGAGUGUCGCGGCGAUAAACUGAUUUGCCACGAGGACGUGCUAUGGACGCGCCGCGGUCGAUUUAACGCCAAUAUUCCGCGAGAGAAUGUGCCAUGUCGGUCUCGGAUCCUCUCAUCAAAGAGCUGAAAGGAUGGACUCGAAAGCUGAUAGACCACGCUAAGGAAAUCACUGAUGAAAAUGAGGAUCUGUGCCACUUUUGCAAGUGCUUAGAAAAUUGCUUGCAAAAGGGUCUACUGCCUUCUCUCGAUAGCGUCGGAUACCUCAAGGUACCUUACACGUGGACCUGGCUAGAAUAUGUAGGCGAGAAGAAUUACAGUGGUUACAAUACGUUCCUUUUGGCAGUCGAGCAAGCGAAGCAAAAUGCAAAGGUGCGCACAUCUGCUGGGCGACUUCGUCUCCUGAUAAGGAUAUGUCUCGCACGAAGGUGCCUUCACAUGCCGGUGGAAAUAUUGUCCAGAAUACCAACUUUAGCUACCGAGUUUUACAACUUAAAGAGCAUCCUGGGAGAUGAUAUUCUACGGGAGAUACUGCUGUCCGUGCUGUUGCAGUGUAGUAAAUUCAACUUUAAACUGAAUUUGAGAAAUGCAGCUUUCUUGGACGACACCUGGCAGAUGCCCAAAUGUGUAGCUUUGGAACUAGUACCUUGCAAAAGUCUGGGCAUAUCUGUAUGUUUCACCAACGACAAGGCAUUAGUUGUCAACGUCAACGAGAAGUCGGUAGCUGCUGAAGACAAUAAAGUCGAGAUUGGAGAUGUACUGGAUGAGAUAAACGAGCAUGUCAUCAAUGGCGACAGUAAGGGGAAGCUACGUAAAAUUAUGAGAAAAGCUAGUGGGCAACCAAUAAUGCUACAUAUCAUUAAGCUUUAUACCAAAAAAUCCUGUGAGCUUUAUGAACCAAUAGUGCAUCUUAUAAAAAAGUCUGGCAUUGAGAGUAUGAAGUCCUUAAUACAAGUGUCGCGAUUAGACCGAGUGGAAGAAGCCACUAAAAAAAGUCAGACGUCUAAACCGGGGCGCAAAGCGUUAAACAGCGGAUUCUUCGUGAAAUACUGCGGCUCUGUGCACGUCGGUGCUGAGGGAGACGUUAAGCAAAUUGAGAAAGCCAUUUGGCGUUUGUUGAGGUCUGGCGAAGCAAAGAAAGUGCCUGUGCGAUUUGAAUGCUUAGAAAUUGGAAUCGUGGUAACUCGAGAGGUGGACAAUCAGACAAUAUGCAAGCGAAGCUAUAUGGAAAUCUCAUCGUGUGGACGUACUGUCAAUAUCCCAGAUUAUUUCGCAUUCAUCGGAGGAGAAACCAAUUGUAACGUGGCAACAAAAUUUGAUGCUUACAUCUUCCAUCACCGAAAUGAAAUCGAGGUCCAACAAAUAUUACAGAGUCUGGGACAAGGGUUUCAACGUACUCAUUUUGCAGUAUAAGCACAUAUGUACAUACACAUGUAUAUACAUAUGUAUGUAUAUAUGGAUUUAGUGAACCAUACAGAAAAAGAGGAAUAUCUCAACCUAUGUAUAACUUCCUUACAUUAUUUAUUAAUACUUUUCCUCAAACUGCGAGACCAAAGAACUCAAUAAAAUCACCAAUUAUCCAUA